AUGAGGAUCGUUGUUUUUCUGGAUGUCCGGAGCGAGGAACUCUGUGCUGCUGUUGCGGCGGAAGCGGCUCUUGCGGGUGAGUUUGUUGAAAUUGUGCCGUGCCACCAUUCCCUGGUCCAGACCCUGCGUCGCAGGGAGUCGCGGCACGAGGGGAGAAGCGACACCUUCACCUGCCUUAUCACAGAGAAGAGGAGUCUGAAGGAUGCGGGCGUUGUGUACGCCCUGUUCUGCCGCCGCAUCUCUGUCCUCUUGUUGGGAGAAAGCAACAUCUCCCACGUGUCGGUCCCCUUGCUGGAGACCAUUUGGUCCCUUUCUGUGGAUAAGUCCGGUGGCCUCCUCCUGGCGCAGCUCCGUGCUGUAAAGGCGUUUUUUGCCUUUGACUCAAGCAAGAGUCGGGUCAUUGUGUUUGAGGGCGGCGACGGAGUGGGGAAGGCAACGCAAACAAAGCUUCUACUCAGCCGCCUUGCAUCUCAGGGGCACCGUGUCGCGCACUACGAGUUUCCAUCGGAGAGAAACCGAUACGGUGAACUUCUUCGGGAGGUUCUCUCGGGAAAGAAGGGAGGGAUAAAAGAUCUUGACCCCAAGUUGUUUAGCUUAUUGUUUUCCAUGAAUCGUUUUGCUUGUUUGCCUGAGCUUCAGUACUGGAUGCGUCGUGGAACGAAGAUUGUUCUGGAUCGGUAUUACACGGCAAAUUGUGGGCAUCAGGCCUCAAAGUUCUCAGAAGAGGAACGGAUUGCCUUUAUUUUCCAUCUACAGUUGAUGGAGGUCUCCUGGCUGCGACUUCCGCCAGCCAACCUUGUGCUCUACCUGGACCUCCCCCCGCAGGCCGCGUUGUCUGCCAUGAAAGUGGACCCACACCGCGGUCCACUGGACAUUCAUGAAACGGCGCAGAGCGCGUACAAGGAGAGUGUUAGAAACACAUAUUUGUGGUGCUGCAAAAAAAUGCCUUUUUGGUUUCAUAUACGCUGCUGCGAUGACGAAGCCUCACGCCUAAGUCGGGAAGAAACACACGAUAAGGUGUACGAAGCGGUUGAGCGUUGUCUUUGCCUCGUCAAAGGAUAA